GUGCGCCGGGGGUUGUGUGUGGUGGCCGGAUCUCGGCUUGGGCUCCUGCCUCGGGCCGCCGGGGGACCCCACCCAGGCGUCGGGGGCGCCCUCUGGAGGAUCUGGGGUGCGAGAAGGAAAAAGAAUAUUAAAUUGGAUGGUUGAGGGGUGCGGGAUAUGUGUGGACAAGCGGGUGUCGACAAAAUGAGCUCGAAGGGAAGGGAGUCUCAAAUCACAUUGAGCCAAAAAACGUCCUGUGUUUUCUCCAGUUACAAACAAAAUGAAUAUUCCCAUGCUGCUGCGACAUCCUCACCAGCAGUUCCUAAAAGGCCUGUUGAGAACACCUUCCCGACGUUACCGUUUCAUCUUUCCUGCAAGUACCCACCUCCAAUCGGGAAUCCCAUGUGCUCAGCCAUUAAAUUCUCUUGGACUCCAUUGUACAAAGUGGAUGCUGCUAUCAUGUGGUUUGAAGAGAAAACUGUGUGUACAAGCAACCUUAAAGGACCACACAGAAGGACUUUCUGAUAAAGAACAAACAUUUGUGGAUAAACUUUAUACUGGUUUAACUCAAGGGCAAAGAGCCUGCUUAGCAGAGGCCAUAACUCUUAUAGAAUCAACUCACAACCGGAAGAAAGAGUUAGCCCAGGCGCUUCUUCAGAAGGUGUUAGUCUACCACAGAAAACAAGAACAAUUAAAUAAAGGAAAACCACUAGCAUUUCGAGUGGGAUUGUCUGGGCCCCCUGGUGCUGGAAAAUCAACCUUCAUAGAAUAUUUUGGAAAAAUGCUUACUGAGAGAGGGCACAAAUUAUCUGUGCUAGCUGUGGACCCCUCCUCUUGUACUAGUGGUGGAUCACUCUUAGGUGAUAAAACCCGAAUGACUGAGUUAUCAAGAGAUAUGAAUGCCUACAUUAGGCCAUCUCCUACUAGAGGUACUUUAGGAGGCGUGACAAGGACCACAAAUGAAGCUAUUCUGUUGUGUGAAGGAGGGGGAUAUGACGUCAUUCUUAUUGAAACUGUAGGUGUGGGUCAGUCGGAGUUUGCAGUGGCUGAUAUGGUUGACAUGUUUGUUUUACUGCUACCUCCAGCAGGAGGAGAUGAAUUGCAGGGUAUCAAAAGAGGUAUAAUUGAGAUGGCAGAUUUGGUAGCCAUCACUAAAUCUGAUGGAGACCUGAUUGUGCCAGCCCGAAGGAUAGAAGCAGAGUAUGUGAGCGCACUGAAAUUACUCCGCAGGCGUUCAGAAGUCUGGAGACCAAAGGUAAUUCGUAUUUCUGCCAGAAGUGGAGAGGGGAUCACGGAAAUGUGGGACAAAAUGAAAGCAUUCCGGGACCUCAUGCUUGCCAGUGGGGAGCUGGCCACUAAAAGACAGAAGCAGCAGCAAGUGUGGAUGUGGAAUCUCAUUCAGGAAAGUGUGUUAGAACAUUUCAGGACCCAUCCCACAGUUCGGGAACAGAUUCCCCUUCUGGAGAAAAGGGUGCUCAGCGGGGCUAUGUCCCCAGGACUAGCAGCAGACUUGUUGCUGAAAGCUUUUAAAAGCAGAGACUAAUGAAAAUUAUUCCGUAAUUUAAUAUAUCGGUUUAUAAAGUAUUUUAACAUCAAGAGUCACUUGUGUGCUUAUAUUUGCAGUAAUUCUUUUGUGGUGCCCUCGGCCUCCUUGUUUGUGAACCAUGCUUGAAAAGUGGAAGAACAUUAGAUAUGGAUGGCAAAGGUCAGGCAGUCAGCAGUAUUGAUAAGGUACCUGUUGUGUGUUACUGAUUUCCAUUUCUUUCUCUUGUUAUACCCUGGCAUGGUAGCCUGUAGAACCGUUUCUUCUCAUCAGUCAUGAGCAGAGAAAGCUGAGGAAGACAGAAAAAGAUCAUGUACCUUAACAUGCUUUCUUUGAUUCUGUAUUCUCUGAGUUUCCAGAGAAAAAUAUAAGGAAGAGUGACCACAGUUUUGAAGUCUUAUUUACUUGAGGCCAGAAUAAUACACAGUGGGUUUCUAAGAGCUGAAAAUCAUGAUUGACAUUUAGUGACUAUCCAGACUAUUCUAGGAAUUUCUGAAAUGGCCAUACACACAAGUAACAAAACAGUUGGACUGUGUAGGGAUGUGAACACAAUCUUAAAGUCUACUUGUCUAGACUUGUGAAUCUUCCAUAAUGGGUAGGAGGGCCCAGUGGGAACUGGGGAAAUCAGCCACCAAUAAUGUGAGUCCCUUAAUCCCCAAGAAUUGGGAGUAAACCCCCAAAAGACCCCGAAUGAGGUCAGAGCAAUUCAAGUGUUACUCAGUUUGAAUAUUAUCAAAGGUUUUUGCUUUUCUUCUUCCUCGACCAUUUGCCUUCAUAUUAGCAUCUUAAAAAUCGACUUUUUGUUGGUGAGGAACAAGUUCUGUACCCAGUGAUUAAGAGCUUGGGUUUUGCAGUUGGACUGUGUAGAAUUAACUUUAAACUUAGAUAAUUGCUUAUUAGUGUGUAAGUUUGGACAAAUAACCUACCUCUGUAAGUUUCUGUUUCUUCCUUGAUAAGAUGGAAUUGACAUAAUAACUUUAUAGAAUUGGUGAGGAUUAGUAAAAUAACUCAGGGAAAUCAUUUUGCUCCUGUGACAGUACAUAGGAAAUACUCAGCAUCUGCUUGGUAUUAUCAUUAUGUUAGAGUUAUGGAAAGCUGAAGCCAUACAAACCUUAUAUAUAAGUUCAGUUUUCUCCCAUGGUCUUGUUACUACCAUUAUGUUCUUGUGAUAGUUUAUGAUUGUCUUUAAAGCACCUGCUCUAGUUAAUUCUUUGAAUGUAUUUUAUACUAGUUGAUGGUAGUUAUAACUAUGUACACUUGAAUAAAAUUAUUUCUAACUGUAAAAUUUCUACAUCGCACAAAAUGUCAUCCCAGAAAUUUCAAACAUCUAUUCUGAACCAGUUAGAAUAUUUUACACAGUAUGUCAGCUUUCAUUGUUAUUUACCCUUCUGUGGUACCAGAUUUCUUCAGCAUUAUUUUAGCAAACAUCCAUGUAUGUUUUUAUUUUUUGAAGAUUUGUGUUAUUGGCAUACCUACAUCAAAUAUGAGGGUUAGGAGAAAUGUUGAAAUGUUCCCAGUCAAUUCACCUAAUUUCAGAAAGGACCACUCUUAAACCACCCUAUCAGAUGAAAAACUGUUUUUAAAAUCUUCCAGAGAAGGGAUGUUGUAAUUUCCCUUAGUAAGCUAUUACAAGGAAUAACAAACCUGUCAUUUGUGGUAGAAUGAAAGUAACAGUGGAAUACAUGCACACUGCAUUGUAAAGAAGGUAGACAUUGGGUAGCUUUUCCUAGCCCUAAAUUUACCUAAUGCAUUUCUUCUCAGCUUGAACUACUUUUAAAUGUUAUAAAUACAUUAAUAAAAAGCAUUAGAAAACCCUCCUUGUUCUCCUUAUGUAGUUAUUAUACUAUUGGCUAUGAUAUAGAGGCCAGUUUCUAAGAUAUUGGCCACCUUUAUUUCUGUUAUUUGCUAUACUGGAAGCUGUAUGAUAUAGUAAAGAAUUUGUGGCCUUGAAAGAAAAAUCCAUUUGUUAAGCUCAAAAAUGGCAUCCCAGCCCUUGUGAUUCUAUCACACAAGACCCGGUCAAAAACAUAGGUUUUGACUUAGAUUCACAUAAAGUCAGUCUCAGCUCUGUGACUAGCCAUAUGAUUUGGGGCAAGGUAUUUUUCCUCCAAUUGCAGUUUUCCUUAUCUAUAAAACUUGGGUAAGAAUAGCUACUUUACAAGGUUGUUGGAAUAAUUAAAGGAGAAAUCGUAUCUAAAAUGCUCACUACUCAGUAGUUGGAAGGUAUCGUUAGAAAUACUACACAUAGACACUCAUGACAGCUUUUUAUUCUAUAAAACAGACUAGUGUCAUUUAAUAUUAGUUGGCCAAACUACCUGAUCUCUCUGUGCUUCAGUUUCCUUAUUGUUAAAUGGGGUUGACAACAACAUCCCCCUAGAGUUGUCAGAAGGACUGUUUUAGUUAAUAUACAUACAGUACCUGGACAUAGUAAGUGCUAAAUGAAUAUUUAACAAUAACUAGUCAUUACCUCUUAAGAGUUGUUAUGAGGAUUAAAUGAGUUAGUCUCCCUCUAUUUUUUUUCUUUAAAUAUUUUUACUUUACAGUAUCAUUGAUAUUCAAUCUUAUGAAGGUUUCACAUGAACAACAUUGUGGUUUCAACAUUCACCCAUACUACCAAGUCCUCACCACCCCCCAUUGCAGUCACUGCCCAUUCAGCGUAGUAAGAUGCUAUAGAGUCAUUACUUGUCUUCUCCAUGCUGUACUGCCUUCCCCAUGACCUAUCUGUAUUGUAAGUGCUAAUUAUAGUGCCCCUUAAUCCCCUUCUCCCUCCUUCCCCACACACCCUUUCCAACCCGUUCCCUUUGGUAACCACUAGUCCCUUCUUGGAAUCUGUGAGUCUGCUGUUGUUUUGUUCCUUCAGUUUUGUUUGUUGUUAUACUCCACAAAUGAGGAAAAUCAUUUGGUUCUUAUCUUUCUCUGCCUGGCUCAUUCGACUGAGCAUAAUACCCUCUAGCUCUAUCCAUGUUGUUGAAAAUGGUAGGAUUUGUUUUCUUUUUAUGGCUGAAUAAUAUUCCAUUGUGUAUAUGUAUCACAUCCUCUUUAUCCAUUCAUCUGUUGAUGGAUACUUAGCUUACUUCCAUAUCUUGGCUAUUGUAAAUAGUACUGCAAUAAACAUAGGGGUGCACGUGUCUUUUGAAUCUGGGAUUUUGUUUUCUUCGGGUAAAUUCCUAGGAGUGGAAUUCCUGGAUCAAAUGGUAUUUCUGUUACUAGUUUUUUGAGGAACCACCAUACUGCUUUCCAUAAUGGUUGAACUAGUUUACAUUCCCACCAGCAGUGUACGGGGGUUCCCCUUUCUCCGCAUCCUCACCAGCAUUUGUUUUCUCCUGUCUUUUGGAUGUUGGCCAUCUUACCUGGUGUUAGGUGACAUCUCAUUGUGGUUUUAAUUUGUAUUUCCCUGAUAUGCAAUGUGGAGCAUCUCUUCAUGUGGCUGUUGGCCAUUUGAAUUUCUUCUUUGGAGAAGUGUCUGUUUGGAUCCUCAGCCCAUUUUUUAAUUGGGUUAUUUGUGUUUUGGGUGUUGAGGCCUGUGAGUUCUUUAUGUAUUUGGGAUGUUAACCCCUUGUCAGAUAAGUCAUUUAUGAAUAUAUUCUCCCAUACUGUAGGAUGCCUUUUUGUUCUGCUGAUGGUGUCCUUUGCUGUACAGAAGCUUUUUAGUUUGAUAUAAUCCCAUUUGUUCAUUUUUGCUUUUGUUUCCCUUGCCUGAGGGGAUGUGUUUCAGGAAAAAGUUGCUUGUGUUUCUAUUCAAGAGAUUUUUGCCUCUGUUUUCUUCUAUGAGUUACAGUUUCAUGACUUACAUUCAGGUCUUUGAUCCAUUUUUAGUUUACUUUUGUGUAUGGAGUUAGACAAUCCAGUUUCAUUCUCUUACAUGUAGCUGUCCAGUUUUGCCAACACCAUUUGUUGAAGCAGUUGUCAUUUCCCCAUUGUAUAUCCAUGGCUCCAUUAUCAUAUAUUAAUUGGCUUUAUAUAUGUGUGUUUAUAUCAGGGCUCUCUAUUCUGUUCCAUUGAUCUAUGGGUCUGUUUGUGUGCCAGUACCAAAUUGCCUUGAUUACUGUGGCUUUGUAGAAGAGUUUGAAGUUAGGGAGUGUAAUUCCCCCAGCUUUAUUCUUUCUUCUCAGAAUUGCUUUGGCUAUCUGAAGUCUCCCUCUAUCUUAAAAGGAUUAUUCUUUUCUGAAAAAAAAAAAAGCUUAUAGGUUGACUUUGCUUUUUUCAAAAGCAUAAUUAUCUUUAGUUUCUGUAAGUAGGUAAAAAUGUGCUAUGUUCCAAACUAAGCUCCAAAA